AUGCCCGACCACCGUGACAGUCCGGGCUUGUGUCAACUGUCAAAAGAGGAAGAGCAGGUCUUCGAGAGCCCACCCGAUCGGACCCCUCUGACCCGGAAGAACCUGGACGCAGCCGAACUUCGGUGCACACAGCUCCAGAAUCUGCUGCGAUCGCUUAACCCGGAUCUCGAUAUCGAAUCGGCAUUGAAUCAACCCGGAAAUCAACGGCUGGAAAAUGACGAUAGCUCCAACACUCCGGAAGAAUCCGAUGAAGUAACCCCGCACAGCUACGAAUGGCACGAGGGAUCUCUGUCGCCGGAAUAUAAGUCUUCAACUCAUGACAACGAUGGCAUGGCUAUGCUUUCGAGUCACGACUCUGGAUACCUCGGAAGCAGUUCUGGGUCGCAACUGUUAGGCGAGAUCGACUCGGUCAUACACGUAUCAAGCACACCAAGGCCCAACCCACCGACAUCACAUAAACGUCGCAGACAAUCAUCAAGUUCUGCCGGACUUCCACCUCCAGAGCCUUUAGACCUACCAGUAUCAUACGUCGCAAGCCGCUUAAUUGACGCCUACUUCCUGCUCUACAAUAACUGCUACCCCAUAUUGCAUGAGAAGACCUUCCGAGAACGGGUGAAUGCGGGACACCGGCAGCGCCUCAUUCAAUCACCAUGGCGCGUCGUCUAUCACAUGGUGCUAGCCAUCGGGCACUGGUUAUCAAGUACCGAAACGGAACAUCUGCAAUCCGGACAUUACAGUGCAGCGAGAUCAAACCUGUCGCUCCAGAUGCUAGAGUCAGGCACGAUUGAGACGGUGCAGGCAUUUCUUCUAAUGGGAAACUACCUCCAGAAGAGAGACCGGACCAACACGGGCUACAACUUCAUUGGAUUGGCGUAUCGAAUGGCGUUAGGGCUGGGCCUGCAUCGUGAACCUCCGGGACCCGAAGACACCCUCGGCCAUGAGCGCCGGAGGCAGCUGUUUUGGACAGUAUACUGCUUCGAGAGCGGCUUCAACAUUACAACAGGACGGCCACCGACGAUGUCAGAUGACUUCAUUGACACUCGAAUUCCACGCAAUAUUGAUGACAAGGAGCUGUCUUUCAAGGCACCCGUGCCAUCUCCAGUCAACUACCCGACUACAUACUCAGCGGUAAUAUGCCAAGCUCAACUGGCAAAGAUUGCCGAUGCUGUCUACCACGAAUUCCUCCUAGCAAAGACCGCAAGUACGAAGGUCGAGUACCGUGUGGCAGAGACCAUGGAACGGGACCUCAAUCGGUGGCGACAAAACCUACCCGGGUACUUCCUCACAACGGACUGCCCGAAUUGGUUCAGGGCACCACGAUCUGUUGUUCUCUGGAAAGAACAGAAUCUUCGCAUUCUUCUCUGGCGCGGCAGCCAAAAAUACCACAGCUAUCUUCCGACUAAAACCAACGCAGAAGAAAAGUGCCUUGAAGUUGCCAUGCAAAGUAUCCACGACAUCGCCACCUUCUGCAUGGCCAACGAAGCCUGUCUACACCAGGGCCUCAUCUGGUACGCGACGUACUUCUUAUUCCAGGCCACGUUGGUCCUGGAAGCCAAUUAUCUCACCGAAACUAGUCGGCCCGAAGAGGACAGGCUCGCAUGGCAGCAUUCCGUGUCGAAGGCGCGCGCUUGUCUCAAAUCGCUGGAGAAGAAGAGCAGAUCAGCGAAGCGCUGCUUGGAGAUGUUGGAUCGCAUCCACAGCCAGUUUCAGUUCCUACCGCAGCUUGAUUUGGAGCUGGAUCCAACUUGCUUCCAGGUGUCUAGCCUGGGCCAAGAUAUCACGACAACAUACCCCGAGAGCAGUAUCAUACCUCCUGCUCACGACUUUAUGGAGCUGCCGAGCGAGAACGACUUUGCGUUUUACGGGGAAAGUCAGCAUGUGUUUGGCGAUGAUACGACUGACCCGAGCCUCCGGAUGUUGCUGAACGAGGCCUCACUUGACUUUAUGGACAACAUGCCGCUGGACCUCCUACUAGGUGAUUGGACUACGUAG